AGUACAGAUAUGCUGAGAGCACCAGAGCAGAGCUCCUCCACAGACCACAGCCGCAGGGCUCCCACUGCAGUCCCGAGGAAAACCUCACACAGAAAUAUAUACUGGAGGAGAAACUGCUACCUCACAAGACAGAAGAAAAAAGAAAAAAGUGAUCAGACAAAUAUAGAUUGGAGGUGAGAAGAACUGGACGAGGUUCUUGGCUUUUUCUUGGGCGAACAGAACUUCCAGAGCACACGGCUCUUCACGUUUUACUUUUGGAGUCCAUUUAAUAAUUUAUCUUCUGCCUCAUUUUGGUUUGUGGAACACAACUUUGCUUUUUUAAAAGUUUGACGUACAGGUCUGGAUUUUUAAUUUCCAGUCAACAUCUCUGCCCAUUUGGUCAUUUUAGCAAUUCUAGCACCGUUUCAAUACGUGCCUCUAAACUUCACCACAGUGUGUGUGUGUUUGUUCCUUUGAGUGUGUGAGCAUCGGUUUCUGACUGAGUGAGUGAAAUGUACCUGAGUGAAUAGUGGUUGAGUCAACAGGUACUCUGGUGUAAUCGUUUUGUUUUUAAGCUACGUUACAAGCUUUAUUUUGCAGGUGAAUUAUUAUUUAUCCCAGUUCUUAAUUUUUUCUCCACAAGGAUCCCCUUAAAGGACCUUAAUAUGUCACAUCACAAAAACUACUGAGGCAUAUUCUUCUUUGCAAUACGGAUCGCUCUCCACAUUAUAGCAACAUCCCCUGAAAGGACACUGUGGAGACACUUGCAAGCUAAAACCUUUUUUUUUUAGAUAUACUGGAGGAAACUGUUUUUCUCUGGUGAAGCCUCGGCCCCACUGAUCCCUGCCACUACCUCAGGAUGGCUGGCUGUACCAGCCGCUGCAGGCAGGGGUUGCUCAAAUUAAUCCAGUCCCUGCAGAGAUUGGUCUCAGGAACUCUCACAAAAGAUAAAACAGAUGAUGAGCUCGAGAUGACAACGGUGUGUCACAGGCCAGAGGGUCUUGAGCAACUGGAAGCCCAAACUAACUUCACCAAACAGGAGCUGCAGAUCCUCUAUCGUGGUUUCAAGAAUGAAUGUCCAAGUGGUGUGGUAAAUGAGGAGACAUUUAAACACAUUUACGCACAGUUCUUCCCUCAUGGAGAUGCAAGCAUGUACGCACAUUAUCUUUUCAAUGCAUUUGACACUACAAACAAUGGAUCCAUUAAGUUUAAGGACUUUGUAAUGGGCUUGUCUAUACUGCUGCGAGGAACACUGAGAGAAAAGCUUGAGUGGACGUUUCACCUUUAUGACAUUAACAGAGAUGGCUACAUAAACAGAGAGGAAAUGACUGAUAUUGUGAGGGCCAUCUAUGAUAUGAUGGGCAAAUACACCUACCCGGCCCUAAAGGGAGAUGUCCCACAGCAGCAUGUGGAUGCCUUUUUUCAGAAAAUGGAUAAAAACAAAGAUGGAGUGGUGACUUUAGAGGAGUUUAUUAUAGCCUGCCAGGAGGACGAAACCAUGAUGAGAUCGAUGCAGUUGUUUGAAAACGUGAUUUAGGACAAGAGGAGAUGAUGGCGACAAAGACAUGGAAAAUGAGAGGGCUUGGUGUGAGUGCGUGUGUGUGGAUGCAUAUGUGCAAUACGUCCGGUCUCUCCUCCUCCUCCCAUCUUAUCCAGCUGUGGUCUGGAUGCAGCCCGAUUGCCCCACAAUGACUUGAAUGAAAGGACUGUACUGGAAUUUUAGCCUUCCUGCAGAGUUUUAACACACAAUACAAAGUGACUGAUGUGACAGACUUGGACGUAAAAGACAUCGCUCUCAAUUCUGUCUUGAAGAUUGGCCUGUUAAAGAUAAAGAUGCUCUUAUACAUUACAAGGCUGCUCCCAACCAGCAAAGCGCUAUUGUUCAACCAGCAGAACUUUUUUUUUUUUGCCCAAAUAUAAGCGCAUGCUUUUGCAAGAGGUUUUGAUCAAUCUCCAAACAUUUGUCACAUUUGUUGUUAUGGGAAUUUGGCCAUAAGGAUUUCUGUAUUUAUCUCAUGCAUCUAGUGGUUGACAGAUAUGGCAUAUUUCAAAAGUCAUGUGUUGGUUUCACUGUUGCAGUGACCUCUCUACUUUUGUGAUGACCUGGCUGUCGCUUGCCUGCUGAGUCUGUCUGCUGCUUAUUGUUAAGACUCUGUCUAAAGCUUACAGUAGAACGUCAAACAAUUUGGAAACAGUACAUUACAUUGGUCUUGUGUGGUGUGUGUGUGUGUGUGUGCCUGUCUUUGUCUAUGUUGGAACUUAGGUUUUAGUGAAAAGAAAGAAGAAAUCAAGUCAUUCGUUUUAUAUUUCCACCUGCUGCUUCGCUUCUUGUGGUCAAAUCAGUGUGUUGUCAAAAAUGUACAAAAAAAAAAAACCCCAAAACAAGUUUUGUGAAAAAUGUGCAUACAUUUUGGAUUUCGUGAUGAAGUGCUCGCAAAACCAAGAUGUUGAAUAAUUCAUCGAGAGGGGCUUGUAAUCAUCAAACCAGUAUCUUUAUUUGCACAGGUGACCAAGGUGCAACUCGGAGAGUAACACAAUGACAGUAAAAUAUUUGUAUGGUACAACCUAAGUGAUCUUGCUCAAAGGUAUGUCAUUAUACAAGAAACAGUCAGAUGGUAGCUGCUGGGCCAUUCAAAUACCACUGAAUGGCAGCUUUGGAUUGUUUUGAUGACACUGAGGACAGCUGCAUCUGUAUUAGUGAACAUUUGGCACUUUCCUCCUCCAUCCAAACCCAAUCUGUGAUGUCACACUGACAUACAGGUAGAGACAGAACAGGGUGACUUCUGUAGUUACCUGCACAUGGUUUUCUUUGAGUCAGUGUGUGUUUGAAAGCACCACCAUAAUAGAAAACUCACUAUGAUAUAGUAGUUUAAAGCACUAAAAUAUUCAUCACUGUUCUUUUUGCUGUCAGUGGAGCAACUCUUUGCUGUAUGGUACAUGAGUGUGACAUCACAGCCUCUGGUUUCUGAUAUCUGACAGAGUUGUUAAAUCUCACAAAAAUAGAAAGUUAAUUCUAAGCCAUAAGAAUAAAUAUGUAAAUUAUUAAACUAA